GGAAGAGGAGGAUUCCUCCGAAUUCCCGAGGGAAAAAAAUAAUAAUCUUUGUAUCUGUGACUGUCCUUUAAGCCUCCUCCCUUCCCUUACUUCUUUCAGUCUGUUUUCCUGUCUAUGUAUCUAUCCAUGUAUUUGUCCAUACCAAGAAACAUUCCUAGAAGCUGCAUAUUUGCUAGAGCCGGGAAGAAACUCGAGGAUGCUUAAAUUUCCACAGUGACACGAAUUCUGACAGUCCAAGGGAAACACACACAGGCAUACACACACAUACACACACACACUCUCACACACACAACAAUCAAAAUCCACCUGUCACAGCGACAGAGGCUCACAGGCUGGAGAGAGGCAUCCAAGAGAAGAGAGACCUACAGGCCGAGACUUGAUCAGAGCCAACAAGCCCCUUCACUCCAGGACUGUCAGCAUGAGCAAGCCCGCGGGAUCAACAAGUCGCAUUUUAGACAUCCCGUGUAAAGUGUGUGGGGAUCGCAGCUCUGGAAAGCACUAUGGAGUAUAUGCUUGUGAUGGAUGCUCGGGGUUUUUCAAACGGAGUAUCAGGAGGAAUCGGACGUAUGUCUGCAAAUCUGGAAACCAGGGUGGCUGCCCAGUGGAUAAGACGCACAGAAACCAAUGCAGAGCUUGUCGCUUGAAGAAGUGUUUGGAAGUCAACAUGAACAAAGAUGCUGUGCAACAUGAGCGAGGACCCAGGACAUCUACUAUCCGCAAGCAAGUGGCCCUGUAUUUCCGCGGCCACAAGGAGGAGAACGGCGCAGCCCCUCACUUCCCUUCCGCAGCUCUGCCUGCCCCAGCUUUCUUCACAGCAGUCACGCAAUUGGAGCAACAUAACCUGGAGCUGGCGGCGGUGUCCGGUACCCCAGAGAGGCAAACGUUGGUGGGGCUGGCCCAGCCCACACCCAAGUAUCCUCAUGAGGUUAAUGGAGCCCCCAUGUAUCUCUAUGAAGUGGCCACUGAGUCUGUAUGUGAAUCAGCAGCCAGACUCCUUUUCAUGAGCAUUAAAUGGGCCAAGAGUGUUCCAGCCUUCUCCACUCUGUCCUUGCAAGAUCAGCUGAUGCUUUUGGAAGAUGCUUGGAGAGAACUGUUUGUUCUAGGAAUAGCACAAUGGGCCAUUCCAGUUGAUGCUAACACUCUACUGGCUGUAUCUGGCAUGAAUGGUGAAAACACAGAUUCCCAGAAGCUGAGUAAGAUCAUCUCUGAAAUCCAGGCUUUGCAGGAGGUAGUGGCCAGAUUCAGACAACUUCGGCUGGACGCAACUGAAUUUGCCUGUCUCAAAUGCAUUGUCACUUUCAAAGCUGUACCUACACACAGUGGUUCUGAACUGAGAAGUUUCCGGAAUGCCGCAGCCAUUGCAGCACUUCAAGACGAAGCACAGCUAACACUUAACAGUUAUAUCCACACCAGGUAUCCCACUCAACCUUGUCGAUUUGGGAAACUCCUGUUGCUUCUGCCAGCCUUACGCUCCAUUAGCCCAUCUACAAUAGAAGAAGUGUUUUUCAAAAAAACCAUUGGCAAUGUGCCAAUUACGAGACUGCUUUCAGAUAUGUACAAAUCCAGUGAUAUCUAAUUUCUGCUGAACAUACACAGUCUUCAGGAUGGACAGUGUCAGAUGAACUUUUACCUUUGGAGAACAAGCCUCAACUAACAAAAACCUUCAGGAAGCAUAAACCUGGGAAAGUGUAGUCUUUGGAGGAAAGAAAACAAGAAAAUAAUUAAUUGGCACAAGACUAUUCCAGUAGUUAUGACCUGCUGCCUCUACAGAAGAUGGUAGACCUGAAGAAAGGGCAUUGCUUGAUAGGACACCUGGAGUGGAGAGAACUCAUCAGUUCCCCUUCUUCCUGAAAGGGGUUCACGACUAUUGGUUGCUACUGGCCAUACUAUUCUAUCACUAAUUUUGGAAAAUGAUUCUAAUAUAACAAAAGCCCAAAUAUAGCACUUCAUUUUUCCUUUUCAGUAUUUCAAGUUGGGUUACCAAAAAAUUACUCUAGAGGUAUAAUACAUUGUACUCCAGCCUUCAGAAAGUAACUUAAAUUGAAAGAUUUGUUCUGAAAAUAGUAGGCAACAUUCAAAAUCAAAUACUUCACCAGACACUUUCCUUCUAUUGCAAGACAUCAUCAAAUGGCCUCCAUAAUGAAUUGAAAAGUGUUUUAUGUGAUUGAUUUCCAUCCCCUCCAUUUUUUGGCCUUUGAAGGCCAGGCAACCCUAUAAAAACAACUGGUGAACAUAGAUGACUCUCUCAUCAGAACUGCAGUUUGGAUAACAUCUCAAAGACAGAAGAAUUUUACAAAAACAAUACAAGUGAAAGGAGGAAGAAUAAAACAGCAAAACCAAAUAAAACAGAUGUCUCACUGAGUGAGCUGAUUGCUGUCCCGUUGGCAUAGUGCUGAAACCAAAGGCAAUGGGGUCCGAACUCUUGGUCCAAUGAGACAUGCAGAACAGCAACUGAAUAUACACAGCAUGCUAGAAUGAACUUCAAAGAGAUAGACACUAAAAAGUUUCUUAAUUGAUAAACUGCUAACAGUCUCUGAGACUCUACAAUGCCUUUCAGAAAACUUUGGGUUCUAAAUAUAGCCUUGUUCACACACAGUACACACACACACACACACACACACAUGCAAACACAAUCUUACACUAUACGCUGCUUCUUUGAUAUGAGACUAUACUUAUGGAAAUGUAGAAACAAACAUUUGAAGAUAGCUGCUGUACUUUUCACGUUUUGAUUUGUUAUUAGAUACUAGCCCUGAGAAAAAUCAGCACUUGGCCUAUCAUAGGAUGAGUAAAACUUUUCUUGUACAAAGUGAAUUAACAGAUUUGUGAAGUUAAAAAGUUGUACUCAUUGUAUUUACAAAGAAUAAAAUAUAUAUUGAAU